AGACCGUGAUUGAAGCUGCAACAUUUAGAAUAAUCGAUGGAUCAAACACAACAGUAAUAAAAUUUGAGUCUUCAACCUGUAGAAUAAAAAUGAUAUGCUCCAUUUGUCAUUUCCCCCCUUUUACACCCAUUUUAUUUAUUUAUUUUUCCAGUUAACAUUUGUUGUUGCUGUCGGAGAAGUAAGAAUACUACUGCUGUAAGAAGAAAAUCGUAGGCUGGCGGUGGCGGGUUACGUGUUACAUAUUGCAAGGGGAGUGGAGAAAGAAGCCGCGAGUUGUGAAACGACUCGAUUGAUAAAGAGAGAUUCCAGAGGGCGCCGCUCCAAAAAGGGGAAGGGCGGUUAAACUUUUGAUAGUGCUAGAAAUCUAGUAUCGCAUUCGCAUGACGACGGUGACGAACCUUAUCCUGAAAGCAGCAGCAGCAGCAGAGAAUGGUGAAGAAGACCCUGGUGGCGCUGUCGGUGGCUGUUCGGGGACAAGCAGCAGCAGCAGCAGCCGCCGCCGUUCCACAUUAGAUUUGGAUUUAGGAAAUGGAAGCCAAGUGGUGUACGUGGCGAGGUUCCUUGGCUACCAGGAGUCGUGGGAUUACUUCCACUAUCUAAACAAACACAUCCCUUGGACCCGUCCAACCAUCCGCGUCUUUGGCCGAUCUUCUGUCCAGCCCAGAGAUGUGUGCUAUGUCGCCAGUGAAGGAUUGCCAGACCUAGCAUACAGCGGAUACCAGCCUCAUGCACAUUCCUGGGAUGAGUUUCCCCCACUCAAGGACAUUCUGGAAGCAGUCCACAGUGCGCUUCCUGGGAGUUGUUUCAACAGUUUACUGCUGAAUAGAUACAACGGCGGGAGUGACUACGUUAGCUGGCAUGCUGAUGACGAAAAACUGUAUGGUCCAACCCCUGAAAUUGCCUCGGUUUCUUUUGGUUGUGAACGGGAGUUCUUGUUGAAGAGGAAGCCAGGCAAGAAUUUUCGAGCAGGCAAGAAGAGAUCAGAGGGCAAAAGGGCAAGGGAGCAGGACAGGGUCGCUGAACAACACUCGUUCACGUUGAAGCAUGGGUCGCUUUUGGUGAUGAGAGGCUACACUCAGCGGGACUGGCUUCAUUCGGUGCCCAAGCGGGCCAAAGCGCAAUCCACACGAAUUAAUCUCACCUUUAGACUUGUUCCGUCGCACGCUGGUUGAACCACCUAAUUAUUAGUUUUUUUUUUUUUUUCCAGGGUAGCGAAGCAAGGCUUUGCUUGCUCCUUUUGUGUUGAAAUGAAAUUUCGAUAUCACUCACUGCGGCUUGACAUGGUUGGGGUGGUUCUGGACCUUUAGACAUGAAAUUCUCUGUUUCCGAGCAAAAUCAGUACCGUGAAAUCAAAGAAGCAAUUUUGUAUCGGUCAAGAAAUUAGCCUUUGUGUAGUAAUGACACUUCUUAAUCAAGGACCCGUCGGUCCGUGUUUGGGUCUUGAGCUUUGA